CCAUCAACAGCUUAGCUAUCGGCAAGCACAUCUAGUCAUAGUGACCAUGACCCCGUUUGUAGCAGCACUGGUUGUGCUUUUCGUCCUCUCUAGCUCCAUUAAUCUUGUUGCUCAUGGCGGAGACGCUGAACCCGGCGCCUAUAUGGUCAUAGCAACCAGCUCCAUGAAACCAAAAGCUUCCUGCUCUGGCCACAAGGUUGCUCCAAGUAACGAACCGUCGGUUAACAGCACUUGGGCACCGGGCCAUGCUCGCCGGCGUAUUCGGACACGGACAACAGCACCACCGACGACGAUGUGGCCUCCAUGGGCAAGGCGCUCGACGCCGACCAACUCCGCGUCGCCUAUAUCCAGAAGAGGCUCGCUGGCGACACCGGCGACGGCGCGGAUCCACAUAAGUUUGUUGAGGGUGGAGACACUCAUGUGGUAAGUAGCCUCCAGGUCGCUACUGGUGCUGGCAUUGGCCAAAAGCCCCAUCUAACUACGACGAGGUUAGGAACGACGGCGACGACUAAUUCGGCACCGGAUGGCACGUCGGCGGUGAGCCAGACGGUGAUCAUCGACUCGGGCAGCGACGUGCCAUGGGUGCAAUGCCAGCCAUGCCCGCUGCUGGUGUGCCACCCGCAGCGGGACCCCCUGUUCGACCCGGCCACCUCGACCACGUACGCCGCCGUCCCUUGCAGCUCCGCCGCCUGCGCGCGGCUCGGCCCCUACCGCCGCGGCUGCUUGGCCAACUCGCAGUGCCAGUUCGGCAUCACCUACGCCAACGGCGCGACGGCGACCGGGACGUAUAGCUCCGACGACCUCACACUGGGCCCCUACGACGUCGUCAGGGGCUUCCUCUUCGGCUGCGCGCACGCCGACCAGGGAAGCACCUUCAGCUACGACGUCGCCGGAACCCUGGCUCUCGGCGGCGGCUCACAGUCUUUCGUGCAGCAGACGGCGAGUCAGUACAGCAGGGUGUUCUCGUACUGCGUCCCGCCGUCGACGAGCUCCUUCGGGUUCAUCAUGUUCGGCGUGCCGCCGCAGCGCGCCGCGCUCGUCCCGACCUUCGUCUCCACGCCGUUGCUGAGCAGCAGCACCAUGUCGCCGACGUUCUACAGGGUGCUCCUCCGCUCCAUCAUCGUGGCGGGACGCCCGCUCCCCGUGCCGCCCACUGUCUUCUCCGCCAGCUCUGUGAUCGACUCCGCCACCGUCAUCUCGCGGAUUCCGCCGACGGCGUACCAGGCGCUGCGCGCGGCGUUUAGGAGCGCGAUGACCAUGUACCGGCCGGCGCCGCCGGUGUCCAUCCUCGACACGUGCUACGACUUUUCUGGCGUCCGCAGCAUCACCCUGCCCAGCAUCGCCCUGGUGUUCGACGGCGGGGCCACCGUCAACCUCGACGCGGCGGGGAUCCUGCUCCAAGGCUGCCUCGCCUUCGCGCCCACCGCCAGCGACCGCAUGCCAGGGUUCAUCGGUAACGUUCAGCAGCGCACGCUCGAGGUGGUGUACGACGUCCCCGGCAAGGCCAUUCGAUUCCGGAGCGCCGCCUGCUAAAUUAAUUUGCUUGCUUGCCAAACUAGCUUGGUUUAUUAAUUAGCUUGGUUGAUGAAAUAAUUAGUCAAUUUAAUCGCUGUUUAUCUUCUCAUGACAUGUUUAUCCUACAGUACUAGUAGAGCAUCUAUGAUCUCUAUGGAAAGGGAUUAAAGUAGCUGGCUUGCAGCAUGCAUUGUCUGCUAAAGUUUAGGCUAGCUAGCAAAGCUCUUUUGUUUAUGUUGUCUGCAAUAAUUAGUUAAUUAUCUUGAUGUCAUUUGUGCUCGUGUGAGAUUGUAAUAUCGAGUUAUGUCCAUCUUAUCAAGUCAUGUACUACUUUUCCCAUAUCUAUAGCCUUUUUACAUGA